UUCUCAAAUGAGCUUGUGGUAGUUUAACCUUUAUGUUCUGCCUGGAUUUCUCAAAUAAUUAAAAACAAUGACGAACCUUUUGCGACAUUUAAUAAUGACACAUGCCUACAGAUUGGAGUGCAUCGGAAUGGAUAAUUUGAGAAAACAAACAAUUCGUCGAUUCCAGACUGCGAAAUGUCUUCUACAUGGAGAAUAUGAACUUCAGGAUCCAAAAUCAGAAGAAGAGGUGGUCAAUGUGAUCUUCAUUGAUAAAGACGGGAAAAAUAUACGUGUACGCGGAAAAAUCGGUGAUAAUGCGUUAUACCUAGCCCACAGGCAUGGAAUCGCCAUGGAAGGAGCAUGUGAGGCAUCCUUGGCAUGUACGACCUGUCACGUUUAUGUGCAUCAUGAUUAUGUUGAUAAACUUCCAAUUGCAACGGAUCAGGAAGAAGAUCUGCUGGAUCUGGCCCCAUUCCUGAGGGAGAACUCAAGAUUAGGUUGUCAAAUAACUCUGGUGAAAGAGUUAGAUGGAAUUGAACUGGAGUUGCCAAAAGCAACGAGAAAUUUCUACGUCGACGGACACAAACCGACGCCUCACUAAAAUCCACCCUGUAAAUUUCCUUGAAAACCUGUACAGCUGAAAAAAAAAUAUUUGGAGUGAAGUGGGUUGAAACCUCCCCUUUUAUUUACGUAUUUAUUUCUGUUGAAACAUCUUGAAACACGAGACUAAUUAAUGGAUUAAGUUUAAUUGUGAUUCGUCAAGCGGAGAAUUUUUUUUCUCUGAAAAAAAAAUGCGCAAAUUUUUAUUGAACGCUGAAUAAGGCAUUAAUAUUUCACGAAAGACUAAAGGGCCUGUUUUCCCCGACUCUAGGGUAUAAUUGUAAUAAAUAAUUAAGAAUUAAUAAAAUUAGCCAUUAUUGAA